AUGCCCUCCUCUACUGUAUUCACUAAAUCAGUUCUCAAAACAAAAAAAACCAGCAAGCAAGUUGUUAAAGAAGUAGAAAAGGAAGGAGGGAGAGAAAAAAAAGAAAUUGAGAAAAAAAGGAUAAGAGAAAUAUUAGUCAACCAAGCCGACGAAAACAACAAAAAACAAAAAAAAGUUAAAGAAAAUAUUGAAGAAAAAAUAAAAGGGAGCGGUUCCUUGACAAAAAAAGACGUCAAAAAAAUAAUUGAAAAAGCCAGUUUAAGCGGACGAAGAAUUGAUCAACAUAAUGAGUUUGAAUUUGAGUUUAACUUUUUUGGUCUACGUUGGUUAAAAAGUGAUUUGAAUUUAUUUCGUCAUUUUAUUCGGGCUAAAUAUGCUAAUUCGGCGGAAGUUUCUCGCAAUUUAAUUACCCAAUUUGCUGAUGAUUUAGACGAAAUUGCUUAUAAGAUUUUAUUAUUCAAAAGAGCUAGCAAAUUAAAUAUAGCGGCCAAAAAAAGGCAAGAAGAAGAUAAUAAAGUCAUUUACGAACGAAUUAAUAACUUAGAGUAUAUUAAGACAGUUUCUGGAGAAAAGUAUGAAGAAGAAAUGAUUGACCGGCAACUAGAUUCCACUUUCCGCCAGAACAAAAAAUCGCUCUGGUAUAGCACCUUGUUUAAGGCUGUUCCGCAAUAUCUUAUCAUUCCGAACAUUCCCAUCACUUUUAUGGCAAAUUUAAACAAUGAAAUAAAUAAAAUAAUUGAGGCUUUGUUAACUUUGGACGAACUUUCCAGCAGCCUAACCAUUGUUAAUGAGAGUGCCCAAGCUUUAAAUCGCCAAACUGUUCGAGCGAUAGUGACUACCCCCAAACCAAACCUGCCAUUCCAAAACGGCGACAUUAUUUUUCAAAAAGUAGUUUUUGCUUACCCCAAACGGCCGCAACAAAAUAUUUUACGAAACUUUUCUUUCACUUUUCAACAAGGAAAAAGUUAUGGUAUCGCCGGGAAAAAUGGCAUUGGUAAAAGCACUAUUACCAAAACCACUCUCAAACUUUAUGACUUAAAAGCCGGGCAAAUUUUCGUUGGCGAACGCAAUAUUCAAGAAAUAGACACUAUUAAUCUCCACCGACACAUUUGUUACCAAACUAAUCGCCCCACCUUUUUCCGUUUGAGUAUUGCCGAGAAUGUUUAUUAUCCCCACAAAUAUAACCAAAAAGACCACAAUAAAUUAAUUCAAGCGGCCAAAAAAACCGGUAUUUAUGAGUUCAUUACUAAACUGCCGCAGGGAUUUGAUACGGUAUUAAGAGAAGGAGGUAGCGACCUUUCCGAAGGACAAAAACAACAAAUUUCGGCCAUGAAAAUCUUUAUCAAUGACUAUAAUAUUUACAUUUUGGAUGAAAUAUUAAGCAAUGUUCAUCCGGACUUGAAAGGAAUUAUUUUAGGUAACAUUUUUGCUAAAUUAAAAGGUAAAACAGUGCUAGUAAUUGACCAUCACUAUGAAAUAUUUCAAUACGUUGAUUACGUUUAUCAAUUCACUGGUGAAAGACUGAUUAAAAUGGAUAAAAAGGAGUUUUUGGAAAAUAAUUAG